CUCACCACAAUAAAAGGAAAAAAGAACGAAUAAAGGAAACUCCAUACUUGUAAAGAAAGGCGGCAAUGGUCCCUACUCAGCUUUCAUGGUCUAAUCCUUGGCUGACAUGUCCGAAUUUAAGUGGGUAGGAGAUGAGUAAAUACUCCACAAGCGGUAGGGGUGGACACUGAACACCGCAACUCUCUCUUUUCUGUCUCGACACAGCUGUGUUUCUGUUUUGUGUGCGUAUGACUGUAUUAGUGUGUGGUUAGUUGCCCUCCACUUGCUUUUUAUUUCCAUUAAUGUCUUGCCACACUUAAUGCCUUCGGCCCUUCACUACCAUUUUCUUGCCCAGAUUUUUUGUCCUGCUAUUUUCUGCUGGCAUCGGUAAGAGGAUUCGUGUCAUUUCUCUCCCUCAUAUCUCUACCUAUUUGUCAAAGAUUCUAUACGGGUGCAUUCAAGUUCAAGAUUACUUCUAUUCUUUUGUUUGAUGAAACAAAAGCAUGGCCAUUGUGGUUGAAUCGGACAAAGCAGCUUUCAGAUGUGGUCGUGAAUGCUUGCGUUUUGGAUGCGGUUACUUUCAGGGGAUUCGUUAGAUUAUUCGCAUUCUGAUGCUUCUUGUUGCGUAUUUUUACAUCAUUCUCUGGAUUGUUCCAGUGCUUAGAGCUCAAUCAGCUGCCGAAUUAUCUGCGCGCUCACUAGAUUCACUACUUCAAGACUAUGCUUUCAGGGCGUUGGUUGUUCGGCCCAGAACGGGCAUUGUCUACGAUGGCAACGUGCCAUCCAACUUGACAGGGAUUAAGGUUGCAGCAUUGAGGCUGAGAAGUGGGAGCUUGAGAAGAAGAGGGGUUAACAGCUAUAAAGAAUUUCAUAUUCCAAUUGGUGUUUUGGAGCAACCUUAUGUUGAGAGGCUUGUGUUGGUCUAUCACAACUUGGCAAAUUGGUCUUCCUUGUAUUACCCUUUACCUGGUUACACAUAUUUGGCACCAAUUGUGGGUCUCCUGGCUUAUGAUGCAGUCAAUUUGUCAGCCAGAAAUCUACAGGAAUUGGACAUCCGAGCCUCCAAAGAUCCCAUAACUAUCCACCUACCGAACGUCCAACUGGUGCCUGAAGGAUUGUCGCCAAAAUGUAUUUCUUUUGGUUUGGAUGGCUCAUUUCAAUUUGACAAUGUCAUUAACCGGAGUGCCUGUUCUGCUGCAAAACAAGGCCAUUUCUCUAUAGUGGUUGAGUUCACAGCCCCGGCUCCGGCUUCGGCUCCAGCUCCUGGUGGAGGUACCGGUAGACAGGGAGGCGGCGGUGAGAAGAACAAUCACAAAGUCUGGAUAAUCGUUGGGUCUGUGGUUGGGGGAGUGCUGCUGCUGCUACUGCUAUGUAUUCUUCUUGCUUGUCUGAGGAAGUAUAGACGGCGAAGAAACAUACAGAGAAUGGAGGAAGCAGCAGAGAGAGGGGAGCCCUUGCUAAUGGCAAAUGUUGGAUUUACGAAGGCGCCAGUGGCAUUGGAGACUCGAACUAGACCAUCAUUGGAAGAUGAUUACGUGCCCUAGUAUUUGGUUCUUGCUUGACAAUACGUUUCUGGUAAAAGUAAAACUUCAAUUCGUGACAUUAUUGAUUUAACACAAUUCUUUUUUCAAAGAUGUGAUUUUUCUUGAUUUUGAUCAAAGGCAAUAUUAUUGUUGCACUCCCUAUUCGAUUUCUUUCUGAGUCUCUACUGCUAGUAUUGGACCUCAGCCCCUCAGAUCCAUAUCUAUCCGGUCGAUGUGGUUCUUGAAGAUCGAAGUAAAGGCAAGUGCCGAUACAACAAUUCCGCAUAAAAGCCUAAAAGGUAAAUGCAGAGUUGCACAUAGAAGUUUAGUGAAGCAUCUGAAGUUCAUUACUGCAAUUAUUCGAUCCUGCAUAAGUAAUAGUGAACUAGGAACUACGAACAAGAAAGUGUAUAUAUUACUAAUCCGUUUUAGCAAUGUAAAGCAAUUAUCGUCUUACCAUGA